AUGCAAAGUGGCCUGAUGAUAAAAGUUUAUGAUGGGAAGUCCACAAACAUUUGGGGACAUCCAUGGAUUCCUAAACUGCCAAAUUUCAAACUCUCUGAAAACAAUUCACUCAGACAUGUAUGUAAAACAGUGAGCUUAUUGAGGACUCCGGAAGAAAAUGGAACAGACAACUUAUUGAAGGAAACUUCCAAAAACCGGAAGCAGAUGCAAUCCUGGAUAUCUCAGGGCUUGAUCCACAUAAGCCUGGCAGGAUCAGAUGGAUUUGGAGUAGAAACGGGCAAUUCUCGGUCGGCUCUUUUGCUCGUGCAUGCCACGUUUUUCGACUGCGGAGGGGUUGCCGUCGGGAUGUGCUUUUCACACCGGGUGGCCGACUGCGUGUCCAUGAUGAGCUUUCUUCGGCUGUGGACCGCCGAGUGUCGAGGUGAAAACAGCGAAAUUUCUAACGAGGUCGUAAUAAGUUUCGACCUUGCCACUUAUUUUCCGGCUAGGGACUUCUCGGGGUUGAGCCUCCCCAGAUUCCCCAUGUCGGACGAGAAUUUCCGUACAAGGAGGUUUGUAUUCGACGAGAGGAAGCUGGCGGCCCUCAGGCGGGCUGCGGCAAGCUCGACCAUCAUGGACCCCACGCGAGUGGAGCUUGUCUCGACUUAUAUAUGGAAAGUUAUAAUCGAGACAGGUAAAUCCAAGAAUGUCGAGAAAAGGAAGGUUUUCGCGGCGUUCCACGCCGUGAACCUGAGGGCUAGGGCAGGCCAGCCUCGACUCCUCUAG